GUAACGUGACGUGACCCGUCUUCCUCGCCCCUCCCUGAAUAGCAGAGGCUCCAUUUUGUUUGAUUUUGGAGUUUGCGGUCACUGUAGAUAGCUGGCAAGGAUAUAUUCCUCACGAAUACUACAGUAAAAAGAUUGAACAGCGUCGCUGACAUCACAAAAAUGAGUGGAUGUCGUAUUUUCAUCGGACGCCUGAGCCCGUCGGCUAGAGAGAAAGAUGUGGAGAGGUUCUUCAAGGGGUACGGCCGCAUCCGAGAUAUCGACCUGAAGAGGGGCUUCGGCUUUGUGGAGUUUGAUGAUCCCAGAGAUGCUGAGGAUGCAGUUUAUGAGCUCGAUGGCAAAGAGUUGUGCAAUGAAAGGGUGACCAUUGAACAUGCUCGCGUGCGUCUGCGUGGUGGCCGUGGCAGAGGAGGCGGCGGUGGGGGAGGACGUUUCUCUGAUCGCUACGGCAGAGGCUCCCAGAACAGUCGGAGUCGUAACCCUCCUCCAAUGCGCACUGAGAACCGCCUGAUUGUAGAGAACUUGUCCUCUCGUGUUAGCUGGCAGGACCUGAAAGAUUUCAUGAGACAAGCUGGAGAGGUGACAUUUGCAGACGCACAUCGCCCCAAGCUCAACGAAGGGGUCGUUGAGUUUGCUGCUUACAGUGAUCUGAAAAAUGCUCUUGAGAAACUGUCUGGAAAGGAAAUCAAUGGGAGGAAAAUUAAGCUCAUUGAGGCAGCAAAGAAAAGGUCAAGGAGUCGUUCCCGCUCGGAGAGCUCCUCUCGCUCCCGGUCUCGAUCUCGUGGUCGCUCUCCAUCCCGCUCCCCUCGACGCUCCCGCAGCCCCGCCAAGGCCAGCAAUCGUUCCCGCUCUCGCAGCCGCUCCCCUGCCGGAGGAGCCUCCUCCCCAACCCCCAAAUCAAAGGAGCCGGCAAAACGGUCCUCCAAGACCAGCAAGUCAGCCACCCCACCCUCCCCUCUGCCCGCUCAGAGGGCCUCAGUCUCUCGUUCACGUUCCCGCUCUCGCUCACGUUCCCGCUCUCGAUCACCAUCCACUGACAGCCAACGCUAAAACUUUUCAGGUUAAAUGAGAAUACACAGCAGGAACCAUUUUCAGAAAUAGAACCAGUUUGGAGGAGUUAGCACAAUAGAGCUCCACCACCUCUUCUGUCAUCAGUUUUAAUCAAGAUUUGAUUUUUUUUUCUCUCCGUGGAUCGCCACAAUAACUAUCAUCAAGAUUUUCACAUUUUUGAUAUAGCCACACAGUCAUGUAGAGCCAAUCGGUAUUAUAUACUUUCAAGUAUUUUAGGGCAUUUCUUAAGUAAAGAACUUUGAAACAGAAGACAUGUUUGACACGUCUGUUCAUUUUUCCAUUAAGUUUUGACCCUUACAUGUGCUUACACCUUGUGACUCCUCUCCUUUGAGUCUGUUCAUUUAAAUCUGUUAUUGGUUCAGUUCUGCACAAUCACUUCCUCAGUCACUGAAACACCCAGGUGAACCAGUCUCACUGUAACUGGGGAGGUAAUCUGCAUUUUUCAGCAGCAGUGGGAUGCUUGUUAUAAGCUCAUAAUGACCACUUACUUGACCUCUUUAUGUGAUAAUUUUUCUUAUUUUUGCCUCUUAAUAGAAAAUUUGUCUUUAACUCUUGAGAUUCUUGUCCCUAUCGCUCACAUUUUCCAUGUCUUUUAGCAUCUUUCUUUGUAUUUUUCUGAUUGAUUAGAUCUGCCACAACUAGUGUACAUCAUAUCUUUACCUUUGGAUGCUUGCAUGUGCUUUUAUUUAGACAAUUAUUGAAAAUAUCUAACUGUGCAUAAAGCUCAAACACCCAUUAUUACUGGCAUUGGCAGCUUCGGUAUAAAGGGCACUGUACAAUAAUGCACAUUAGUACUGCGGUCAAACAGCUAUAGAAUAACACUGUAAAUUUCACUAAUCUUACAUUUUCUUGCAGCUGACUGUUGGAUUUUUACUUUGUUAGGAGAUGUAAAAAACUAUUUGGGUAAAGGUCAACACUUUAAUGGUGUCACUUCUGAAAUGCAGUUUAUUCUAGCCUUGUUCUUUUGUUUGAAGGGUUUUGUGUACAGCAUUGCAGACUUUUUGUUUUACAUAAGUGUAAAUUGUAAUUCCAGGAGAACUUGUUGGUGCUGUGAUGUUUCUGUGCUUCAGAUGAACAUGUAGACAAGAGUUUGGAGGACAUUUUUGUACAUAAGGAUUUUAUUUUCAGUGAAAAACACAUGGAUGUUUGUAUGGUGUAGGAAGACAACGGACGUAAACAAUAAAAAACAAUUUUAACUCGA